AUGUAUUUCCGCGCAGUCCUUGCCCUCUUCAGCCUUUGCGGCCUAUACUCCAUCUCACUCGCUGCCGCUACACCACUACCACCAGUCCAGGCUCGCUUCAAUCUCGACAGCGCCACUUAUGCGGCCAAUGCCCAGGCGUUCAAGGCCUCUGGCUACCGUAUAAUUUCUCUCAGCUCUUAUGGGAGCCCUCCUGAUAACAAAUACGCCGCAGUGUGGGUAAAGCGGGAGGGCACUGACCAAGUAACGAUUUCCGGCACGGAUCUAGAUGGCUACCGGACUUGGAUAGUCUCGUGGAAGUCCAAAGGCUAUGUUCCAACUCAUGUCUCGGCUUCGGGGCCGGCUACCGGUGCCGUCUUUGCUGCAGUCAUGGAAAGGGCAAACGUUGGGAGAUGGAGCCAGCAAUGCGGCAUUACGAACCCUCAAGAUUUCCACCCUGCGACCAAUAUCAGUGGCAUCGUUCAGGACUACAGCACCUACGGCACCCCUAGCGAUCGUCGCUACUGCGUGCUUGUCUACGAAAACAUUGGCACCGCGAUGGAAACCAUCUUCUACGAUACAGCCGGGACUAGCGAGUUCGCUGCAAUCUACGACUCUGAACUCACAAAGACCUUUUGGCGACCGAAACGCCUCUUCGUCGCCGAUGACAAGCGAAUCACUCCCCAGUUUGCUAGCGACUCGGUUGGCACGUGGGCGGCAAAGAUCGGUCUCACUGCGGACCAACUGGACGCUGAGCUGAAGUCGAAGCAGCGCCAAGGUCGUCUCUAUCCCAUCCACAUCGACGGCGCCGGUACCGGCCAGGAUGCUCGGUUCUCUGCCAUCUUUGCCGAGAGCGACGUCCCUGAGGCCCGCAAGUGGACGGUGACGGGCAAGGCGGGCGACCCGGCCAUGACGGCGAAACUCGAUGCCGUUAUGGAGGCAUGGAUGAAGAAGAACGGUGUGCGCCAGGCCCAGGUCGCGGGCGCCGAAAAGGGUACCAUCAUCUUCGAACGCAGUUAUACGUGGGCCGAGAGCAACCGCGCGCCCGUCAAACCAGACGACGUUUUCCUCUUGGCCAGCCUGAGCAAGAUGUUUGUCUAUGCCGCCAUUGACAACCUGAUUCGGGCAAGGAAGCUGAAGCUUUCCACACGCGUGUACAAACUCCUUGGCUUCAAAAGAGCCAGAGAUCGGCGGGCCUUCACUACAACGAUCGACCAUCUCCUCAGCGGAAAGACGGGAUUUGAUCGUGCAAGGUCGGGCGAUCCUGGAUUCGAGUUUCGCCAGGCUGCUCAAUACUUCUACAACAGUGCGCGUCCCGCAUCUCUGCGCGAUGUUAUUGAGUACCAGCUCGCGAAACCUCUCGACUCCAAGCCCGGUAAAAGUUAUGUCUACUCGAAUUACGGCUCGAUGGUCCUGGGCUACGUCGUGAGCCAGGUUAGUCGCCAACCAUACUUUGAAUUCUUGAAAAAGAACAUCCUUGGCGGUCUGGAUGUUCGCGUCUUUCGGACAGCCGCCAGUCAGCAUGUUAGUGAUCGCAUCAUCCAGGACACCCGCUUUACCGGCCUCGAUGGCUCGCGGCCGGCCUCCAACGCGAAGGUGUCCAGUGUUUUCGGAGGCGACGGGGCCAUCAAAGAGGAAUGCGAUGCGGCAUUCUCGCUCGCCGCCAGCGCGAGCACCAUUGCCAAGUUCAUCGGCAACCACGCCGUCUGGGGCAUAGGUGGGCGAACGGUUAGCAGACGGCAAGGCACGCUCCCGGGGGCACGAUCCUUUGCCGCGUCGGAGAAGUCGGGCCUCGACUGGGCCAUUACCAUCAAUACGCGUGACGUUGCCAAUGCUAAUGAAAUUGAGAGGUUGAGAUUUAAGUUGCUGGAGCCCCUUUUCGUCAACCCAAAAUCAUGCUCUUCCUGGCUCAAGAGGCCUUGUGUUAGUAAUUAA